AUGAGUAAUACUGAUGAUAGCAUGAACGUGCGGAGUCACUGCUCAGCUUCAAAAUCGUCAUUAAAACCACACAAUCUGCCAUUUCCCAUUCAUGGCUCUACAAUUGAAUGUCAUGGUGAUGACGGUAUCGAAACUACUGGGGAUAUUGCCGCACCUCUUCACGUAUCGACAACUUUUGUUUCCGGCGCACCAGAAUCAUGUGGUCAAGUAUACAGUCGAUUGAAUACUGUUACCAGGACACGAGUCGAAGCAUUGCUUGGAGCAGUAGAAGGUGGUCAAGCAAUAACUUAUUCGAGUGGACUUAGUGCAGCGACAGCGCUAAUUCAUUGCAUUAAACCACGACGCAUGUACGUCGAUGCAGGCUAUCAUGGCGUAAGAGCUGCAUUUAAACUUUGGAGCGAACGUGGAAGCUUUGGAAGUGAAAUAUUUGAAGUUUUUACUUUAGAACAAUGUAAACAACUGUAUGAACAAAGGGAAAGUCAGCCUCGUACAGAGCGUACACUUUGGCAUCCGGUGGAUACGAAAGAAGAGCGUGCUCUCGACUUGAUUUGGGUUGAGAUUAAUAUUCCUGCUAAUGCCACGUGGGCACAGAGCGGAGUGACGAUUGCUGGAGGUCAUGGAGAAGGUGGUGCCACUAAUCAACUCAACGAGCCUCUUGGUCUCUUUGUUGAUAAUGUUCAAACAGUGGUUAUUGCUGAUCAGUGGAAUGGUCGUAUCAUGCAAUGGAAGAACGGUGAUACAACAAAUGGACAAGUCGUUGCUGGUGGCAAAGGCCAAGGAAAUGGAUUACAUCAAUUGAAUAGUCCAGUGAUACGAUAUCAAUUGGGUGAGAAGAAUGGCACUCUCGCAGUUGGUGGUAAUGGUAAAGGUGAUGGUCUCAGUCAGUUCAACUUGCCGACAUAUCCCUUUGUCGAUCGAGAUCAUUCAGUGUACGUAUCAGAUCACUACAAUCAUCGUGUAACGAAAUGGAAUAAAGGUGUAAAAGAAGGUAUUGUGAUUGCUGGAGGACAAGACAACGAGAGUGCUCUGACACAGUUGUAUUAUCCUAAUGGACUCUUCGUUGAUACGUUGGGUACACUCUAUGUACCGGACCACAUGAAUCAUUGUGUACUACGUUGGACUCAAGGAGACAAGAAACAAGGCACUGUAAUUGUGGGUGGAGAUCGUAAAGGAGCAGGAGCAUAUCAGUUCCAGUACCCCCGUGGUUUGUCUUUCGAUCGACAUGGAAAUCUCUAUGUCGCCGAUCAUUAUAAUUAUCGUGUUCAACGAUUUUCUAUCGAAUAA